CUGCUCUGGCCUCUCCUCGUCUGUUCCGCGUUUGUUCGUAACCUCGUGUGUGCUGUGCGCGCGCGACAAAGAGAGAAACAGACCACCGUACACCUAUCCCGUACAGUUCUGCCCUCCGUUUCUCUCACACCCGUUGCCUCUCCUUCGCUCGCGCCUACUCUCUUUCUCUCCCGCGGCUCUCCGUGUCCCUAUACCAUCUCUCGCCACUGUUCGUCGCCGCGAUUCCGGCAGGGCGCAAGCAACGCGAGAAACAGAGAGAGAGUUCGCGCGCGCGCGUUUCCCGUAGGACGUUGCGUUACGGAGCGAGAGAUCGCGCCGACUGCGCGCGGAGAACGCGUGUUCCGCGUUACACACCGCCGCGUUCUGUUUUCUUCUUUCGUGCGUGUUAACCCCCGUGGGUUCAAGCCAGCGCACGGUCCGACGACACGCGAGUGUCCGAUUGCAUUUCCAUCGCGCUGCGAGGAAAAACCGUUUCGUCUCGGGCCGCGCGUUUCGCACGAUCGCUUUUUCCUCCCUCGCGGAGAGAAAUCUCUCCCUCGUUAGUGCUGUACCGUCCGUCCCCGUCGCGGCGACCAUCUCUCUCUCUACAUCUUUUCCUAUCUUCUUCGCACCACAAACCUCUUUCUUACUCUCUUACUCUUUCUGUGUGUCCCUACUUCCGUCUUCGUCACUCGUUCGUUGCCUCUCUGUCUCCCGGUGUCUUUCUCUCUCUCUCUCUCUCUCUCUCUCACUCACUCCCCGCGUGUCUUUUUCCCCGGCUUUUCUGACCGCGCGCGUCCGUUCCCUUCUCCACGAGGGAGGAGAGACGUCUGUCGCGCUUCGAGGCUCCACGCGUGCACGCGCGGAGAGUCGGCUUAUCGCGGACGAGCGUGCCGAACGCUUUCUACGGAGUCUCUUCUGCAUCCUCCUACGUGCUCGACUAGAGCCGCCACACGUCCGAUCGGUGUUGUCCACGCUGUCUCGCGGCACAGUUAAGGUGUCGGUGAGGGUGAAAGGGUGAGAGGGUGAGGGUGUCGGUGACGGUGUUCGUUGUUUCCUCGUUGUUUCGCGUCCGCGAACACGCGAACGCGGGCCCGAUUACUCGCGUAAACAUCAGCCGGUUACGUCGGCUCCGUGACGUUUCGUUCGUGACAGCCGGUUGCAAGGAUUACUUGUUACUGAACAGCAACGAAGCAGCAGAAGAAGAAGAGGAAGAAGAAGAAGAAGAAGAAGAAGAAGAAGAAGAAGAUAUACAAGAGAGGGAGGUGGUGGUGGUGGUGGUGGUUGUGGAGGAGGAAGAAGAACGGAAAGGAACAGAAGUAGUGGAGGUGGUGGAGAAGGAAGAAGAGAGCCGCGAGUGCGACGACCGGGCCACAAUAGUGUGCGCCGUUUGUUGUUUCGUUGGCCGGUUUUCGGUCUGCGCGACAAACGCGAAGGAAAGCGGAAGAGCGCGAACGUUAAAACGGGAACAAGAAGCGACGACGCUUUUCGAUUCGUCGUCUUCGAAUAAUUAACGCGAGUGUUAUCGUCGAAAAUCGAGUGUGUGCUCCGUUUCUUUCAUCUUUUUUUUUUUUUUUUUUUUUCAUUUUUGUUCCUCUGCUGGCUAGUUUCUCGUACUCCACCGAUGUAAUAUAAAUAUUACAAGUUUUAACAUAAUACGCGGCUAUCCGAAUUCUCUGUCUGUCUUCGACGGAGUUCGCGGGUGGAGGUCCCGGGAGCGAGAGGAACAACGGGGAGAGGAGCCUUAAACCCAGUGGAUCACCUGUGGUGAUGCAGUAAACGAGAAAAAGGGGGAGAAACACGAGAGGCGGGAUAAUAACGGAUAGAGAACGGGGGACGAACGAAAUAAAUAAACGAAAGGAAAGAUAAAGGAACAGGAAGGGAAAUCUGUCACGUUGUGUGAUCAGCCGGAGAGCGAGAGAGACUCCCCGGAUAUACUCAUCAUGCAUUACACACGCAUACAUGCACAUUACAUAUAUAAAUAGAUUGCAUAUAACACGCAUGACGUUCGUCGCGAUAUCGUCCUCGGUCCACGCGUAUAAUUCAAUUUCGAUCUUUCACUUUCGCGCCAUUCGGUUAUCCUUAUUUCCCUCCUAACUGCAUACAUCGGUUCCCUCGUUGUCAUCCCGGAGGAACGAUCGCGAUCAUCUCGCGUUCGUUCCUCGCGUUUCUUCCUUCGCGGCCACCCUCGGAACCACUCUCUCUUUCGUUCGCGUUCCAACGCAUCACACACUCUCUCUCUCUCUCUCUCUCUCUCUUGUCGGCCAACAACGCACGCUUCGCUCAUCCGCUUCUUUUCCAAGCCGAUCUUUGUUCCUUCAUCAACGUAGUACACGUGUUCCAUCGUCCACGCGGCCCGUUCGAGCCGUUUCUUUCGACGCGUUCGCGCCACCGAUUUCGCGCACUCUUUCAUCCCUUCCCGUGAUUCUCGAUCCAGUGACGUCGAGCUUGCAAACAACCAUCAUCGUGCUCGACCUGUCAAAUUUCAUGUUCUUUCUUUUCCGAGACAUUACCGACCGGUGGAAUAAUCACAGACGCAAGUGUCCGAAGGAAGAUCGACGAUCUUUCGUCGUCGAAGAAUAUUUAUAUGGUGCACACGAUUCGUUCGAACAUCUGGUCGUAUGAAACAUCUUUACGACUGGACUGGCGUCGAUCUAUCGAACCGUGACUGAUAACAGAUAGAACAUCUUAUCAGGAGACGCGUGAACUGAUUACGCGCCUGGCAACCGAUCAUCCUGAUGAAUUUUAUCGAACACCGAGGAUGCUUCAACUUAUAGAUCUUUGAUGGUGGAGGAAAUUAUUCGUUUAUACGUUGGAGUAAUUAAACUGGCUGUCAAAAUAUUGAUAAGUCUUCGGAAGAACAUUAACGUGGUUAUCGACAAAGUUUACGAUUCUAUUAAAUGGAAACGAUCUGGUCCGCGUGUUUCGAUCACGAUCUUGAAAAACCUCGAAAAGCUUCCAAACGGAGCGCUCUCUAAAUAUAAUCCACGGUGUUUUAGCCUGUUAUUUUAAGAAACAUCAUCGGGUCGUUCGGUAUCGAGCAAUUCUCUUCCCGUUUCGAAGCGACUCGGAUCCGCUCGGAUUAGAAUAGCAAGGGAAAUAAUAACACUGUUGCUCGUCCCGUCUUACCCCGUUCGCCUCUGCUCCGCGUCUCUUCCAGUGGAUAUCUUUUUCCAUCCCGUAACCACCUUUCCGCCGCGUGUGCACGCGAGCGGGCCGCCGCAGUACGCGUGCGUAAUAUUCGACACGCGCGUCACCACGCAUCGCAGCACCGUUUCUGACCGACGCGUUUAUAAAUAAAAGCCGCGUCGUGGCACCGCGGCACCGCGGCACCGCAUUACGCUCGAGCCUCUUUCGUGCCGGUGUAACAACGUGUCAAUGAAAAUAGAGACAGCAUGUCUACUCGGGAAAUUCGAUUCGAUGCAUAACCGUUUCUGCCCUGUUGAUUUUUAACGAAUCGAGGGAAAAUCCGAGGCGAGAAGUUUUCUUUAGAUAAUCCUUCUUUUAUUUUGGUAGGGAAAUUAAUGAAGCUUCUUGGAUAAAAAAAAAGAUUAAUCGAUCGGUAAUUGCGCUAAUCAGAUCGUUGAUAAUCGCAUCGACCGCGACACGACAAACGCUUUAAUUAACAGAAUUUCCUAGCGCGUGAAUUCCACCUGCACAGUGUGCUGUUAAUUAAUUCGUCCAGUCGUAUUAAGCUUUGCACGAAAACGACAAAUUGUCUAUAUUUUAUCAAAAAAAUAUAAGUAGGUAAAUCAUUGCUUGAAAAGUAUUACUCAAUUUCUUGAAAAAUGUUCAGUACCCUAAAUGAUAUUCUACUAUUUUCUAAGAUAUCUAUGUAGUCUCUGAUAGCGCUCCCUAGAAAAUAAUCCUUCGUGUGACAAGGGAUUUGUUAGAAGCAACUCGACCUUUGAAAUCGGCUCUAAACUCGCUCACCUAACGGCGAUUAACCGAAUUGAUCUCGUUAUCCAGCAAUAAUUCGAGGCUGUCGUGCACGGUUGGCGGUCCUCUGCUGUACACCGGCUGUGCUCGAUAACGAGUCAAUUAUCGAUUGAACCUUAUCGUAACUAAUGCCCUCUGACGCUUCGCCAAGUAUCUGAAAAGAAACGGAAUCUCUAUACGCACGAUUUUCCAAAAAAAAAAAAAAAAAGAACAAUCCGAUCGUUCUGAAACGGUUCGAUAGAUCUGACGAUAAGAGAAAUGAAAAAAAGCCGAUGAUCGCGACGGAAAGGUGGAAAGCACGCCUCGACAUCGCUGGUUCGCGGCAGUCUCGUCUCGUGUCUGCUUGAAAAAAGAAAAAAGAAAACGGGCCUCGCGACGAGCUGGUGUACGCGCGUGAGCCACGCGCGAAUCAGAACUUAAAAAUUAAAGAAACGAGAACGACCAGCGGAUAAGACGAAUCCCUCGAGUUUCACCGAAGUUUCGUUCGGAUCAUAUACCGUUGUCGAACUUUCCACGUGCACGAACUGUCGAAUUGCCGUAAAAAGAGAAAAAGGCUCACGCACGUGUCGCUAGUUGUCAAAGUAGCCGAAGAUGGACGCGUGCCACGAUUUUCCUUCCAUACAGCGAACAUAGAAGAAUCGACGGUAGAGCUAGCUGGUUCCAGCGAAAAUCGCGACGGAUUCUUCCGUCCAUCGCGGACGAUCUAGCCAGUUGGGUGGGCCCCGAUGUUGAACUGUGAUGACCGCGGCGUGUCAACAGUGGAUAGUGAUCGAAAUCCGCGUGAUUCCGCGUGCUCGUGUACCGGUACACAGACCGGAUUGACGAACAACUGAAGAGCGAUCGUUGUUGUUCGGUGAGCGGACCGUUAACCCGGAGAAACCAUGAAGCUGGAGUCUCCAGGUCGGUCGCCGACAGUGAAACCGUGAAAGCCUAGUCCUCGCGUUAGGACAAGGUAGAUGAAAUUACGUGGGCAGGAUAGAGCGGGUAUAUAUCGUUAGAAAGCAACGAGGGACAGAGUGUGGUACCGUGCGGUGUCCAGAGGCGCAAGGCUGGAGGUUAGUUUGUGGAAGAGGAGCUAGAGGACGGGCAGGAAGAGGCAGUCGCUCGAGAGAGAGAGGUGUAUGACGUUACCGUUGACUAUCCUACGUCACGUUAACGGUAACCCUCGUACACAACACGCACGCGACCUAGUCGGAGCAGCGGUGCGGAGCGGAGCGAGUGGAGAGUCAGCUAGCUAAGCGACCGCCUGGAGGAAUUUAAAAGUGAAACUGUGACGAUCCACGCGUUUUCCCCCCCUCUUCUCCUAUUUUGCUACCGUUCUAUCGCCUCGAACGUCGUCGUCUUUUCUCCCUUUCUCUUUCUUUUCUUUUCUUUUCAUUUCAUUUUUUUUUUCUUUCUUUUUUUUUAUUAUUUCGUUAUCUCUAUUUCUCUUUCACUCUUCGACCGGUGCUCCUGUGUCUUUGUCUCUCGUUUCUCGGCCUCCUUCCCGCCCUCUCCUCGGUCGUGACACGGAAGGGAAUCGCAAAACGGCCAGUGAAAGUGAUCGACAUUACGAUUUUCCCGACUAGCUCGCCCCUUCGGCUCGCUCGACAACAGGUACCGGCGGAUCAUCCGCGAGAAUGGCACGCAGGUGCGAGCCGAGAAGCAGCUGAAAGCGACCCGGCACGGUCGCGUUACAGGCUCGCACUUCCGGAACACGCGGUGGGGAACAGAGGCUACGCUGACAGCUGGCGCUCACGUUGAUGGCCGAUCAUCGACGAUCCAAAAAUGAAUUAUGACCCUUACGAGCAGCCCGUGUGAGCUAGACAACAUGAGCUUGUUUCAAGACCUCAAGUUGAAAAGGAGAAAGGUCGACUCCCGAUGUAGUAGCGACGACUCCCCGGUAUCCCUCGGAUCAGCAGGCUCGCCGCUCGGGAUCCAGCCGGCGGACGCUCCUUCACCCAUAAACUUUCCUGCUCCAGGGGAGAGCAUGGCUGACACCUCGACCCUGUCGCCGGAGGCUAACAUGCCGGGCUCGCCGGGCUGCCCCGUGGUCAAAGUGAAAAGCGAGUAUCUGCUAGGCAUCCCGAGUCCAGGGACACCGCGAGAUCCUCUUCGCGGAAGUGGCAUGGCAAGUGGCAUGGAAGCUCGCGAAACAGCCUGCUCGGACCGUGCGUCGCCCGAUUCAGUCUUCCCGGAUGCCGGUUCGAUGGCGGGCUUCAGAGUCGUCGAAGAACAACAACAGCAACAGCACCAUCAGCACCAACAGCAGCAACAACAACAACAACAGCAGCAGCAGCAACAGCAGCAACAACAACAUCAACAACAACGUGCUGGUACACCAGUACCAACCAGACUCUCGCCUUACUCGCCCAUGCAAGCGGUCUCCACCACUCCCAUGCCCCAGGAACCAACCUCGAGGAGCGACACUCCCGAUAAGGGUGACUUAUCGUCGGCCCAAACUAAGGAGGAGUCGGAUAACUCGGUUUUCGACGGAGGAGGCGGAGGCGGUAGUGGCGGUGGCGGUCGUUCAGAGACCUCCAGUCAACCUAGUCACCGGAGCAGUCCAUCUUCCCAGUACAGCCCUAGCCAGAGUAUGAGCCCUAGUGCCAGCACGACACACGGUUCCCAACAACAGCAACAACAACAACAACAACAACCGCAAACUCCCCCAACACCACCGAGACCGCGGGUACCCUCGGUACCCCCUCAUCUUCUGGCUCACCAUCAAUUUUGGUCGCAAAACAACGGUGUACAAGGAUUCGCUACGCAGAGGCUAUUGAACGGGGUGAUCAACAGUACGGUAACCUAUGGACAGAACGUGGCUGUCGCAUCCACCAGCAGCAGCAGCAGCACGAGUCUGAGCACCAGCACGGGCAGCGGCGGAGCUACUUCCACGAGCACCGGCUCGAGUAGUACUGCCUCAUCCUGCGAAACGAUGAAACCACCGGCGCAGAGGCCCGCGCCGGCACCCCCGCGACCACCUCCCACAGUGAUCAUGGGAGAAAUCGGUGGCGUGAGGACGAUGAUAUGGUCCGCGCCACCUUUGGAUCCCGUACCACCGCCGGCGGCUUCGUGGACCACCACGGCCGCGGCAGCAUCCUGUUCCUCGUCCGAGGAAUCGGCUGCUCAGCUGUUGCUGAACCUUGGACAAGAGUCCAGGGGCAAACCAUCCUCUGUUUCCUACCCGUCUGGCCCGCCGCUCAACAUGGAGAGGCUAUGGGCCAGCGACCUGACGCAACUACCGGCCGCCCAACAAAUGCAGGCGCUCAACUUGACCGCUUCCGGUUCCGGUCAACCGUGGACGAGAAACGGAGGAGUGGUCAAAUCCGAGUCGACGUCACAGUCGAUAUCGGUCGCACCCCCUGCACCACCUAUGCCACCUCAAGAACACGAGGAGGACGAGACACCUAUGAUAUGCAUGAUCUGCGAGGACAAAGCUACCGGUUUGCACUAUGGCAUCAUCACGUGCGAAGGGUGUAAAGGGUUCUUCAAGAGAACCGUGCAAAAUAGGCGGGUGUACACCUGUGUAGCGGAAGGUGGCUGCGAGAUCACGAAAGCCCAAAGGAACAGGUGUCAGUACUGUCGCUUCAAAAAGUGCAUUGAACAGGGUAUGGUCCUUCAGGCCGUUCGGGAAGAUCGGAUGCCUGGGGGAAGAAAUUCUGGUGCUGUGUAUAACCUUUACAAGGUGAAGUACAAAAAGCACAAGAAGAGUAAUAAAUCGAGCGGAGUUGGUGGAAACAUGGGUGGCAUGAGUAGCGGCGGUAACGUUGGCGGUGUUAACGGGUCGGGAUCCCUUGGUGGUAAUAAAAACACCAUGGGCUCGACGAUGCUUGACAAGCAUAUGGCUGUAGCUGCAGUUGCUCACCAUAGCCAACAGCAGCAUGCACAGCUAGCCGGUGGUUUUCUCCACCAUCACAAAAUUUCGUCGGGCGACCCGCUUAACUCGCAAUCUACCACCAGUCACUCGAGUCACCCAGCUCAUUCGGGUCAUCUUGUUAACGGGACGAUCCUGAAGACAGCGCUUACCAACCCCUCCGAAGUGGUACAUUUAAGACAGAGGCUAGACAACACUGUGAGCAGUUCGAGGGAUCGAUCUUUUCCUUUUGAUGCAACCGUCGCCAUGAUCCAGUCCCUCAUAGACUGCGACGAGUUCCAAGAUAUAGCCACGUUAAGGAACUUGGACGAGCUGCUGGACCAUAAAUCAAACCUAAGCGACAAGCUGUGUCAGAUAGGGGACAGUAUAGUGUACAAGUUGGUGCAGUGGACCAAAAGGUUACCCUUUUACCUUGAGCUACCGGUCGAAGUUCACACGACGUUGCUCACCCACAAGUGGCACGAAAUCCUGGUGCUGACCACCUCCGCCUAUCAAGCGAUACACGGUCAGCACAAGUUCUCCAAUGUCGGUACCGACGUGAUGGGAGCGGAUUUUAUGCAAGAAGUAUCGAACAACAUGUAUACGUUACAAACGUGCCUAACCAACAUGAUGGGCCGACCGAUAACCAUGGACCAAUUACAACAAGACGUAGGGCUCAUGGUGGAAAAGAUCACGUACGUCACGUUAAUGUUCAGGAGGGUGAGGCUACGGAUGGAAGAGUAUGUCUGUCUGAAAGUAAUCACCAUGCUCUCGCAAGCACGUGGAGGUACAAUGGAAUUAGAGCAUCUGCAAGAACGGUACAUGAGCUGUCUGCGAAGUUUUGUCGAGCACAGCGCGCCUCAACAACCGAAUCGGUUUCACGAUCUUCUCGUCAGGUUGCCUGAAGUACAAUCGGCGGCAGCUCUUCUACUCGAGAGUAAAAUGUUCUACGUUCCUUUCCUAUUGAACUCAACAAUUCAAAGAUAGUAAAUAAAAAAUAAACUGACGAUAAACGAAGCUGAAUACCUAUAUACAUACUAUGCAUAUAAAUAUAUACAAAUAUAAAUAUGAAGAGAAAUCUAUAUAUAUAUAUAUAUAUAUAUGUAUGUAUGAAAGAUAGAAUCGAACAACCUAAGCGAGAAGAGCAAACAAAGGAUAGCCCGUUGAAACUGGGCCUGGUGAAGAAAGAAAAAAAAAAAGGGAAAAGCUUUGUUUGCGUAUGUAUAAUAAUUAUAUAAAAAGUAUAUAUAUAUACAUAUAAAUAAUAUAAAUAAUAUAAAUGUGUGUGUUCGUUGCGUUGUACAAACGAUGAAGAAGGUCGAAAAAGGGAACGGGAUACCCGUGAUAAACGUGAUAAAAACAAUACAAGAGAGCGAAAGAGAAAUGGGAAAUUAAUUGAAGAAAAAUAAAAGAGGAAUAAAUUAAGGGGAGAGAGAGAGAAACGAGGAGAUGAGACGGCGAGAGAAAAAGAAAACGAAGAGAAUGCUUUAGAUAAGAUAUAAAGAAAUAAAUGAAAGAAUAUAAAGAAUUUUGAAUGAUAGAACGAACGAAUGAGGGUGAAAAUGUCGUGCGAGAGAAAGUGAUACGAACGAAUGUGAAAAAGAGAGAAAGCGCGCCACCUCGAGAUGGAAAAUCAAUCGAGGAGGGAACUGAAACUUUUUUAUCGAAACUAAAAGACUAUAAUAAUAUAUUUCUGUACGCAGUACCACGCAACUACGUCAUUGUGUGUUCACGUUGCAUAAUCCGAUCGAUAAUAAGACUCUCGUUACGUACGCUCACUUGUAGGCCACCUACUACCACCUACUACUACUGUUACUACUACUACUGCUACUGUUACUACUAUUCUCCAUCGCUAUCAGCUAAAAUAGCAGACUACCAAAACGACCGAAACGAUCCAUCGACCGAUGUUGAUGAUCCAUCCCCCUGACUGUAAUGAUAAUGCCGAUGACGAUGAUGAUGAUCGACGACGAGAUCCAAACAGCAACGACACAAAUGCAAAGAACAAUCCAUCGUUACAACUUCGACUGCCGCCACUUUGCGUAUCUUUACGUUCAAACAUACAACCGCGAUACGCUAUAUAGACUAACAACACCAUCAUCGACAUAAUCAUCCCCUGAAGUAAACAUAAGUGCGACAUUAUCAACGUGCACCCAUUCCGUAAUGAAACGAAGACGAGAGAAACGAAGAUAAUACCGAAUGGAAAUGAAAUUUCUUAAAGAAACGAAAGAGAAUACGAUCGUCCUCGUCGUUAUUGUCGUCCUCGUCGUCGUUCGCGGCUCCGAAUCAUGGUCCAAGCGCGCAACACAGAAGACUAUAUUAUAUUAUAUAUAUAUAUACAUAUAUUCACUGUUUUUCUGUUCAUUUACAUUCGAUCACCAUCGACGUAAUGUUUACGCAUCAUUCACCGGUCGAAAAUGUUCUUGUUCUGAUCGUCUUUCGAGCCAACUGAUCCUCUUCCUCGAUUCGCGAGAUAAAACGUUAUUCUAGGAGCUUACGGAUAGACGAUAAAAAUAGAGAAACGUUCGAAAAUUGCUUUUCAAACACUUUCGAAGAAUAAUCUUCGAUUUUUUUUGCUAACGAAGAAUGAGCUCGCCUUGCGAUACGAAAACGUUCGUACUCGCUGAUAAUUUCGACUGACGCGAAUUUUUUGAAGAAUCUUUUAUAUUGUUCCAAGUGUUAUUCGUAGCCUACUAUCGCGAUGCAAUUUAUUCUGCAUAAACGAUAGGACGAGGAUCGGAUCGUUCGAACGAGCGCGCUUCGUUUCUCGUUACCGGGUGUUCAUCAUUAGAUUCUUUUCUUUUUCUUUUUUUUUUUUUUUUAUGAUUCCUCGCUGAGACGACUGCGAUAAUUUCAUAGUAUUAUACAUAUAUACAUGUAUGUGUGUAUAUAUAUUAAACGAAGAAAAAGGAAUAUGAGGAAAGAUAUAAACCGCGUGAAACGAACGGAAAACACGAACAGCAAGAGACUUGGUAUUUCUCUCUUGCGAGGAAGCGUAUACAAUGUUCAAUAUUUUUCUUUCUUUUUUUUUCUUCUUCUUCUUUCCUUCUCUCUGUCGCGUCAAUUCGAACGAUCAGUGUUCCCGCGCUUCGAUUAGCAAUCGUAGAUAUACAUAUGUGUAUGUGUGUCGUCGACACGUGUGAUAUUUGCUUUCUUCGCGACCCGGAAAUACCAGGUGCUCGGGAUUGGCUCAAUUAUUUAAGAUAGCGAAUACCGAUUCGUUCUAGGAGGGAAUCUUAACGAAAGACAAAAUAACCCGGUGGUUCACGCCAGUCGAAACGUCGUUCGGUGUCUUGGCAGAGGCAAAGAAAGAAAUAUGAAAAAGAAAAAAAAAUAAUAAUAAUAACGCUCCCUGUAUACGCAUGUAAUUAAUCAGCGCCACGUUCUAUCGCGACGUGAUCGUUUCAUCUUGCCUCCAUAGAAAUUAUCGUAAACACGCGCUAAAUCACCUGUACGCUGUACGAUCACGAGUACGAUGAAAAUCGAUCCCCUUUUCUUUUCACUACCAAAGAUUAUCGUCUUUUGGAUAACUUUGAUCGUGUUGCAUUUAUCUACUCAUCUUAAUAAACUUAAUCGAAACUUUUUUUUUUUUCCUCUCUUUCAAUCCAUCUCGCGUUUGAUCUACGAAUUUUUCUUAAAUAUUCUGGAUCGAGACUAGAGUUACCAUUGCGUUACCAAUCGAAUUACUGCUCAAAACUUCGACUAAUUAUAUCGUUUCGUAUAGUUUUUCCAUGAUAUCGAAGAGAAUUUUCGGCGGACUCGUGGUCGGCGAGCUUACGUACGAAAGAAUCAACACGAGAAACUGUACACGCAAAACACCUUGGGCCUACUAGCCUAAGGAUACUUGUCCAUACUAUAAGACUUAACUAACGAUGGGAUACUUCAAUACGGUAAACAAUGUAUAUUAUUUGCGGUUAAGGAACUGGGGGGAGGGGGGUAACGGUUCCUGUAUUCCCCGGACAUCAUCGUACACUUGUCUCUGUGUUCAAUUGGACGGUCGAUGAGGUAGCACCCAACGAGAAACGAAUUGAAAAAGUAUAACGACCUCGCUGAGUUUAGUUUAAGAAUAAUAUCCGCCAGAUAGUGGACCGGGAAUGGGAUCUUUAGCUUCUUCCUUCGAGAAUGUUAAGCGAUCGGCGGACGAUAAACAGUUUGCUUCGAAGUUACCGUUCUUAUCGAUAGUGCAAUAUAUUUAGAGAGAAAGAAACGAUUCCUUCUGUCUAUCCCUAUCUUUGUCGAUGUCUCACGAUACACGUUACCCUGAUUCCUUUCAAUUCCCAAUCCUUCGAUCCUCAACCAACCCCAUCGAUCUUUUUUAUUCUGGUUAGGUCAAUUAAACUUUAUGUACUUCCCGCGAAGAAACCUUUUUCUUGUCGCGUUCUAUUUAUUGUUAGUCUGUACAUAGACGAGCGGCGGUAUCGGGUACGAAAGAACGAGCGAGGGGGGGUGGGGGGGGGGAAGGUCGAUGAACACCGCGUGAAAAUAGAUAAAGAGCGCCAAGUUGGACUGUCUUUUAAUAUUACGUUAUAUAUAUACAUAUAAGUAUAUAAAUAUAAAUAUAAAUAUGUAUAUUGUAUAAAAUUGAAAAUGUGCAUCGAUGUCUGGGAGUACAGCAGCUGCUUACGGGAGAGCUACGCGUUGGAUCAGCAAGACUUAGGGCAUUAUACUACCGCGAGUAUUAUCAUGCCCAACCUUUAAUAUUUAAGUGCGAGUGAGAGUCUAUUGAGCAAAAAGUAAAAAAAAGAAACAACAAAAAAAACGAAAAAAAAAAA